CCUCAUGCCGCACAGCUACGAGUUGGAAACCAAGCCGUGCUCCUACGCCAUGAUGGUGGAGAAGUCAUGGUACAACUUCUCCACGCCCGACUUGUACGGUAACAAGACGCUACUAAAGAAGAACCCCCAGGGCGUUCCCCUCGUGCUUGAUUUUGCUGCCGGGAAUACUUCUUGUCCGGCGGAAGGUCAGCCGCGGCCUCCCGACUACGCUUGCGUCAGCGGCAACAGCUCUUGUGUCAACGCUACAGUUACUCCUGGCUAUAUCUGCAGGUGUUCUGAAUAUUAUGCUGGCAACCCUUACAUCACUCACGGAUGCCAAGACAUUGAUGAGUGCAAGCUUCCCGAUAUCUGUGCAAAUGGCGGGGUCUGCAAAAACAAGCCAGGAGGCUUUGACUGCCCAUGCAAGUUCGGAAUGAAAAACGACGGCAAAGGGGGAAACUGCGCACAUGUAUUCACUACAGCAGCAAAGGCCACUGUGG